AUGUCCGGCCUCGAGAUUGUGGGAGUUGUGCUUGGUUCGUUUCCGCUCGUGGUCGCUGCGCUGGAGCACUAUUCCAAGGGCAUAUCAACAGUCAAGCAAAUCUUCAGAUACAAAUACGUAUUUGACGAUAUCCACAUCUCCCUUGUAGGGAGCGUCACAAUCUUCCGGCAAUCCUGCGAACAGCUUUUACGUGGGUUGAUGCUGCCUGAAACUCAACUACGCGACUUGAUUGAUAUGCGUCAAGGAUGGGAUGACCCGGCACUUGACGAGAAGCUGCGGCGAAGACUUGGGAAUAGAGAUCACAAGAUAUACGGGCUCUCGGUAAAGCAACUCGGGAAAAAGAUAGAUCAGCUGAAAGAGAAGCUUGAGUUGAGGGACGAUUUAAGCGUCGGUAACGUUCCCGCAGCCAAGCAAACAUCGGCUGAUAUAUUUCCGAAGGCUCAAUUCGUGCGAGACGGGGUCAUUGACGACAGACUCUGCAAAGAGUUCUUCAAUCCCUGGCGAUGUUUUACAGGGGGUUUCUCAGCCAGACAAUGUACGCUCGCACUCACUCUCGCUACCGCGGUAUUGACACUGUGCAACACAUCGUGGCUUCGCGAAAGCUGGUGCUUUGGCGACAUCUACUUCGUUGAAGAAAACCAGAGGGUCUCACUGGCUAAUCAGCCGUACGUCUCCGCGAAUUUUGUUCUAGCACCGACUUCACAGCAGACAGUACAAACAGCUUCGAGACCGGUACUAUUGCAAGUGAAGAACCAGAUGAUAUUCUCUCUGGGCGCCGCACUGCUUGAGAUUUCCUACGGCAAACCUCUGUCUUUCUUCAAGGAGGACCUCGAUGAUUGCAGCAACGAGCACAUCAUUAUGGAGUACUCAAUUGCUUCCCGUCUCCUGGACAGGAUGUCCGAUCGGGAGAGUUGGAAGUACACAAAAGCGGUGAAGUACUGUAUACAUCCUACGCCAACCGAUCCCCCAUGUAGCUUCAGCCUGGACAACGAAAUGUUCCGAAGCAUCUUCUAUCGAGAGGUUGUGUUGCCCCUACACGAAAAUUACCUUAUGUUGGGCUGA